AUGACACAAGAGAUGACACCAAUUAAGGGAUCACUCGUUACCACAGAUGACGGCGAAGUUGUAAUCAAAAAACAGCGACGGAUUUAUGCGAAGAACUCUUUCGAUCGUUUCGGUGACGACUUGUGUGGACUCAUACUGUCGUACCUCUUGUUCGACGAGCGCUUUGGCUGCGAAUGUGUGUCCAAACAGUUCCAGAGGACUGUCUUCGAGAGUGUUGUCCACAUAACUAUUGACGACAAUUAUGUCAAUACCAGAGCUAACAUUCAAAUGUUGGCCGCAAUUGUACGCAAGUGUUCACACAUUCAUACCAUUGACUGCAGAAAAAUAACCAACAGAUAUACGAAGCAAUUGCCGGAAGCGUUGGCCAUAUUUCGAGACAAUUGUCCGCAUUUGCGGCACAUUUACUGCGAUUUAAAUAAAUAUACGGAUCAAUUGAUGCCAGAGUUCGGACUAAUGGUCACAAGAAUUGGUUGGAUUGAGAAUCGCAAUGAUCAACGGCUCUCUCAGUGCCACCGAUUGUCACAACUCCAGGUUAACGACAUUUCCAAAGUCUUCUCCACAGGAGAACUGUUGGCCAAGAAUUUACAGAGAUUUGAGUUUUCAUACAAUAGUGGAGAUAAUAGACAACUGUUGUCACCAUUCGUGACCGGAAAUCAGUCCCUAAGAAGUGUUAAACUCGAUGUUUGUAACUAUGAAUCUCAUGAGAGUUUGACAGAAGUGACCGAACAGUUGUCACGAUUACCACAAUUACGGGAUUUGGCACUCGAUUUAACACUAAACUACGGCCCGAACUCAUUGGACGUGUUUUUGCGGCCAAUCGGCCAGAAGUGCCCGCAAUUGAAACGAUUGGGACUGAAGUUGGAGUCGAAGAAUACUAUUCGACUUUAUAACCACUCAAUGGAUUCAUUGGGAUGUUAUCGCAGAUUAAAACAUUUGGAUUUAACCAUUAUUUCGGCAAUUUUUGAGCAAUUUCUGGAUCCGUUGAAACUCUGCCACCGAUUAACCCAUUUAUCACUCAAUUCGAGUCAAAUUAAUGACAAUUUAUUUGUCAAUUGUGACAAACAUUGGCCACGACUUCAAUGCUUAUCCAUUGAAAGAACUGAUAUUACAUCCAAUGGUUUGGAUCAUAUCUCAAGACUACCAGCGCUGCAGACACUGGAGUUUGAUUGCUUCCGACUAUUCAGUGGUUUUGUGAUAUCAUACAAAGAGAUGACACCAACAAAGAGAUUACGCGUCACCACAGAGGACACCGAAGACGAAGACAUUCAACAGCCACAGAUGUGCCCAAAGAAGUCAUUUAAUCGUUUCGGUGAUGAUUUGUGUGGACUCAUAUUGUCGUACCUCUCACUCGACGACCGCUUUGUCUGUGAAUGUGUGUCCACACAGUUCCAGAGGACAGUCUUCGAGAGUGUUGUCGACAUCACUCUUCACGACCAGUCUAUGAGAUCGCGGGCUAACGUGAAUGACAUGAAAAUGUUGGCCACAAUUAGCCGCAAGUGUCCACACAUUCAUACCAUUGAUAUAAGAAGAAUAAGUAUCAGAUAUACGAAGGAAUUGUCGGAAGUGUUGGCCAUAUUUCGAGACAAUUGUCGGCAUUUGCGGAACAUUUACUGCUAUUUGGACUUAAAUACGGUUAAAAUGAUGCCAGAGUUCGGACCAAUGGUCACACGAAUUGGCGGUAUUGGGAACUGUCAGAAAGGCAAUCAACGACUCUCUCAUGUCCUCCGAUUGGCCGGACACCAGGUUAACGACAUUCCCAGAGUAGACAUAAGACAAUUGCUUAAUCAUUGUCACCGAUUGUCUCGACUACGGAUCCACACGUUAUUCGAUGUCUUUGACGACACUUUUGAUGAACCAUUUGUGAAGAAUUUGCAGACAAUUGAGUUUUAUAACGAAAUAUCCAAUACUAACCAACAGUUGUCUGCAUUCGUGGAUAAGAAUCAGUCCUUAAGAAGUGUUAAACUCAUUGACAAUAGAUAUCAAACUCACGACAGUCUGACCGAAAUGGCCGAACAGUUGUCACGAUUACCACAAUUACGGCAUUUGGAACUCAAUUUGAGGACAAUGAGUGACCAGAACUCGUUGAACGAAUCUUUGCGGACAAUCGGCCAAAAAUGCCGACAAUUGAAACGAUUAACACUUAGAUUUGAUAAUAAUUAUAAUAACUGCGGAUUAGAAGACCAAUCAUUGGAUUCGUUGAGAUCUUAUCCACGAUUAAAACGUUUGGAUUUAACAAUCUGUGUGGCCAUCGAUUACCUAUUUCUGGAUCCAUUGAAACUCUGUCACGGAUUAACGCAUUUAUCGCUCAAUUGGUCUCAAAUGAAUAUCAUUGAUAAUGUCUGCGAAGACCUGUUGGCCAGAAGUCUUAAACUGAAGUCCAUUGAAAUCCGUAGAAAUAAUGUCUCAAAGUUUUAUUGCCAGAGUGAGAGACAGCGAGACUCGGACUCACAGGUGGAUCAGCAAAACGACAAACACCACAACCAGGAAGUG